UUGAGGAAGGACCAAGUGUGGGAAGCAGAGUGUGGAAAGUUGGAAAAAACAAUCUGCAAGGUAAACACCUUUAAGUCAAUUGCGAGAGGCUGGCUAGAAACCGCCAGGACUUCAGGGGUCCCUGCCUCACGGGUCUCCCUGCGCCCUCAGCACUUUGGCUUGGUAUAUUGCCACCUUGUCCCUGAAGAGAGGUCCAUUUUAAGCUGAGCAAGAAAAGGUGAGAAAGACUAAAAUCAGCUUUGUGCGGAGACGCCAAUUUCUGCUGCACACAUGGAAACGACGUGCACAUAGAGCGAGCUGGCCCAGCUCCCGGCCACGUGGCUCACACUGUCCGUGCUCACCCACCCGUUGCCUUCACCCCCAGCAGCACUGGUUGUGACAAGGGGACCUGCUGGAGCCAACCCACCACUGCGGGCCUGCCAAGGACAGGCAGGGACUCAGCCACGACCCACAAGGAGCCCAGGGGCGUCUCCAGGGACGGCUCCCCAGCCUAUGGGCUGGCUUCCUGAGAGACCGUGCUCGGGCUCACCUGCUCAGCUCACUCGGAAAGCCUCCGCUCAGACCUGCACCCAGUCAGAGCAGCACAGAUGUGCAGGAGGGGACCAUUUCCACGGGCCCUCCGACUCCUAGGAGGCAGUCCCUUAGGCACUGGACCUAACAACAAAUGAGGAGAAGCCAUGUUCCCUGCUUUCUGCAGACAGGGUCUCCACUGGAGGGGUCUUCCUCUAAGGCGAGCUUCAGAUCUGCUCAAGCUUCCUGCCGUGGAGCCAGGAGGCAGGGCCUGGCCAGGGGAGACCAGAGCCUCUUGGCGAUGCCUCCGAAUGGCAGGGCUCAGACACACACACCGGGCUGGGUAAGUCCCCGCAUUUUGGGUCCCCAAGUUCACGGAGGGUGGAGGGGAAUAGAAGCUCCGUCAGUCUCGUCUGGGUCUUGGUCCUCAGCAGCUGUCUGGUGCCUGACAGGUCUCUCCAGGCCUUUCCUUCUUGGAGCCACAGUGCUUAGAGACAGGCCACUGGGGUCAGCAUGUGAGCUCAGCUAUGAUCAGAAAAAGGCACCGUUGAGGUUGCAGUGA